AUGAAAAAAGCUCGUUUGUUCCACUUGUUUUUUCUCGUCGUUGGCAUAUCAAUCGGCAUUUUCUCCACUCUAUGCCUCAAAAGCUUCUCCUUCUCCAUUCCUUCACUCCUCCUAAUAUCUCCCAUUUCCCUCUCCAUAUCCGACAAUCCAUCCGUCAUACCUUUAUCGUCGACAAACGAAACCUUUAAUGAUCGCACUAAUGUUAGUACCGAAGAUAAUCUUCGCGCACCUCCUCCGCCACUGAUCAUACUUUCGUCACCAAACGAAACUUCUAAUUACACUAACAAUAUUACUAGUCCUACUAAUUUUUCAAUAGGAAACGACUCCACACAAAGCAUGAGUGAAGACGAGGAGUUGUUUACGAGGGCGUCGAGGGUGCAAGGAUCCACGGGCAAAGAGUCGAAGGCAAAAGUAGCUUUUCUAUUCUUGGCGCGGGGGCCAUUGCCCCUUGCUCCGUUUUGGGACGGCUUCUUCAAAGGACACGACGGGUUGUUCUCAGUCUACGUUCACUCUCACCCUUCCUACAAUGACUCCUCUUCACCUGUCCCUAAGGGCUCUGCUUUCUACAGGAAAAGAAUCCCUAGCAAGCCGGUGGAUCGUGGUUCGAUCUCCAUGGUUGACGCCGAGCGGCGGCUCCUGGCGAAUGCCCUCCUCGACUCCUCCAAUCAAAGGUUCGUCCUCGUAUCCGAAUCCUGUAUCCCGGUCUUCAACUUCACCACCGUCUACGACUACCUAAUGGGCGCCAACGGGAGCUUCCUGGGCACGAUCGAGGACCCGUGGAAGAGGAGCAAGUGGCGGUACGACCGCCGGAUGCUGCCCACCGUCAACGUCAAUCAGUGGCGGAAGGGGUCGCAGUGGUUUUCGAUCCGACGCGACAUCGCCGGGAUAGUCGUCUCCGACAAGGAAUUUUACAGAGCGUUCCACGAUUUCUGCCCGGCGCUGCCGUGUUUCAGCGACGAGCAUUAUCUGCAGACGCUGGUGAACGUUUUGUGCCCGGAGCUGAACACGAAGCGGGCCGUGACGUGGUGUGACUGGUCGCUGGGCGGGGGCCACCCGAGGACGUUCGGGCGGCUCGAUGUGAACGUUGAGCUGCUGGAGCGUAUACGGUUCGGGUCCGAGUGUGUGUACAACGGCAACGUUACCAACGUCUGUAACCUUUUUGCUAGGAAGUUUGCGCCCACUGCUCUUGGGCCGUUGUUGGAGAUUGGGCCCUCGGCUCUGGGUUUUGAUCUUUGA